UCUCCAAUCGCCACCCAUUGGAAGCCCCAUCGCGAGCAAGCCACCUGCCCUGGCCAGCCUGCGUGCCACGGCCGCCAGCCCCUGUCUCGACCAGCCAGCGCAUUCACAUUGAUUUCCACCGCCGCCUCUGGAUUGCCUGCACCGUUGCGUCGGGCCCCCUUCCCCCCUCCACACACCCUUACACCCUUACACCGACCCUCGUCUGCACCCCCAGGAAACGUGCCCUUGUUGUGCACUCGAGCAUCGCCAGCUUGGCGGGUCCCCUUCAUCCAUCACGUUAGCUCGCAACUGCGUGCGGUGUCCACCUGGUGUCGUGCAAGCCUGCGCCCGCCGCCUUUUCUUUUAAGAUUAUGUCCACCCCAGACCGUCGAGAUGCAUCUUCCACGCUUGAAGAAAGCCCUGAUCGCGCAGUCCAUUCCGACUCGGACGACACCGACGAAGAAGACGAAGAAGAAGACAUGGCUGCCGAAGAGAAGAGCGAACCCGCCUCUCGCCCCAACUCCCCAAGCUCCAAAAAGAGGGGCAUCAAGUCCGAUGCUCCCAGCAAUGCAAAAGAUCCCACCAGACCGCGCCGCAAGAAGGCCAGGAGAGCUUGUCUGGCUUGUCAGAGAGCGCAUCUAACCUGUGGAGACGAAAGGCCAUGCAGUCGAUGUGUAACCCGCGGCCUGGGAGAACAAUGCGUAGAUGGGCAUCGCAAAAAAGCAAAAUAUCUUCAUGAUGCGCCCGACCACGCCUUGGAACCGGGCGUGAACGGCCAUUACCCUGCCAUGCCUCCUCCUCCUCACGGCCACGGAGUCGUGCCUGUGCCACAUCAGAACUACUACGGCCCCGCACCUCCAGCCUCAUAUUAUCAGUCGAAUCCCAUCUCCGGUCCGCCAGCGCUGGCACCUGAGAACUCGUUUGCUGAUGCUUCUCUUCCCAUGUCUCCAUCUUACAAUCAAGGCCAGGCGCCUGGCGUCAGCGCUCCCGUCACUGCCUCGCAGGCUUCGCAGCCGCAGCUGUAUCAAUUCGGUCUCCCAUUUGACCCAAGCGACCCAGCCUUUUUCAACUUCGAUCUUCAGAGUCUGAACUUUGGAAAUACUUACGGAGCCUUGGAGCUCGGGAUGCUCGGCCACAUGUCGUCGGGCGCUCUGGAAACCCCAAGUAACGAAGCUCCCCUAAAUCGGCCGCCUGGUAUGUACAGUCACCAGAUACCAACUGCCCCCUACAGCGAUCAAGGCGUCUCGGCGCAAACGUCCUACGACAAUUCGCCGGUGGAUUGGCAAACAGCCCACUCGCGGCACGGUAGCAUGCAAGUCCACACUCCCAAUACUCCUGGAGCGGUCAAUAUGGACCACAACAGCCUCCGUCACGACAGUUUGAACGGCCCGCAUGCCUACGCCAUCGGUCAGGGUCCUUCCAGCCUGGCAAGCGCCAGCCCCGCGUCGACCGACGUCCAUUCGGGCCACGACACCAACGACAACCCCUUGACAUCCGCGAAUUACUUCGCAAGCGUGAACCAGCAGAGGGCACGGAAUUCGCCAAUUCAUGGGCAGGUACAGCUAGGCAAUCGACACAUGGCCGGUUCUGUCCAGCCUCCGCAGCCGAAUCUCUCUUUGCGUCAACGCGAAUUCAACUAUGACCUGGUCACCCAGCCACAUGACUACCCCAGAGCUUACCAUCAAUUAAUACGGAUCCUCGAAAGAAGAUUCUCUCCCGCCUCGCUGCAGAAGGCGAAGCGUGCCUUGGCCAUUUUCAGGCCUGUCCUCAUGUCCAACGCCUCCGAUCUCUCCGGUCGCGAUCUCGUUCAUGCAGAGAAGAACCUGCAGAGAUCACUCGUCACCAUGCACUCAGCUGUCACUGAAGUGGGCACUCCAUGUCUCAUCUGCCGGCGUACCGGCGAAAUCGUCGGGAUGAACAAGGAAUUCGAAAUCCUCACCGGUUGGAGACGAGAAGUGCUUCUGGGCCACGAACCCAACCUCAAUGCUAACUUCGGCCCGCGCAUCGACCGAUCCAAAGAUGGCUCAGGCGAAGAUGCCGUCAACACAACGCCAGUCAUGCCCGGGCAACAGCCUGACGAUGGUCCCCAUGCUGUAAAUCUUGUCGAACUUCUAGACGAAGCCGCAGCCGUGCAAUACCUCGAAGACUUUGCCGACAUGGCCUACGAUGAUACCUUUGGCAAGGGUCAUCGUCGUGUGAACAUGCUGCGAUAUACCCCUAAAGAAAAUUUGGGUCGUCUGGUAGAUCGUCAAUCGACAGAUAACCAGAACGUCAACAACGGGACAAAAGUCAAGACCGAAAAUCCUUCGGCCUACCAAGGCGAGGCAUCCAUGAGACGCACAUUAGGUGCGACCGGUAUCAUUGAUGUCAUGAUCAUGUGGCAUAUUAAACGCGACAACUUUGACAUGCCCAUGUUGGUUUCUAUGCAGAUUAUGCCCAUGCUCAAGGCUUGA